CACACAAAACAAAGCAAAAAAGUCACAAGCUCACACACCCUUGACAAGAAAUAAAGUAAAGUUCUUUACUCACUCUCUAACGCAAAAAACCUUACCUUUCACCAUUCUUCUUGAUCUUCCUCAAUCUUUCAUGGAUCAUCUCUUUCUCUCUCUCACUCUUUUCACUCUCAUCUUCCUCUCUUCUUUCUCUGGAGUAGAACCGAUUACUUUCAAAUUCAUCAACAAGUGUAGGCACACGAUAUGGCCUGGUUUGCUAUCUGGUGCAGGGACAGCACAGCUCCCUACUACAGGGUUUUACCUCAAUAGCGGUAAAUCAAGAACAGUUAAGAUUCCAAGAUCGUGGUCUGGUCGGCUCUGGGGUCGGACCUUUUGUUCCCAAGAUCGGACUGGCAAAUUUUCAUGUCUCACUGGUGAUUGUGGGUCUGGUAAAGUUGAGUGUUUAGGUAGUGGGGCCCAACCACCUGCCACGUUGGCGGAGUUUACCUUGAACGGUGCUGAUGGGUUAGAUUUUUAUGAUGUCAGCUUAGUGGACGGUUAUAAUUUACCUAUGCUGGUUAUCCCUAAGAAAGUGACACGCGGAGGUUGUGGCGCGACGGGGUGCUUGAUUGACUUGAAUGGCGCGUGUCCUAAGGAAUUGAGGCUGUCCGCCGCGGCAGGCGGCAAGGGUGCGGUGGCAUGUAGAAGCGCUUGUGAAGCGUUUGGUGAUCCGAGAUUUUGUUGCAGUGAGGGGUAUGCUACGCCCGAGACAUGUGGACCGUCCGUGUAUUCCUUGUUUUUUAAACAUGCUUGCCCACGCUCGUAUAGCUACGCGUAUGAUGACAAGACCAGCACGUACACCUGUGCUGCUACAGACUACGAUAUCAUAUUUUGUCCAUUGCCUUAUACCAGCCAGAAAUUGCUGGCAUUGCGAAAAGAUGGGGUGGAGCUCCCACUUGUGAACAAGACUACGAUGUACCAACGAAGCCAUGGUGCUUCAUCUCCAGGUGUGGUUCAACAGCAAUUUCUUGCUGGCGCAGCCUCUAUAGUAACGGCACUUUUGCUCUUUUGGCCACCUUUAUUUCCCUUGUGACUAACGUUGGCCUGGACACUUUCAGGCCAGAUAGUUGCUUUAAAUUCCCGCUCGUGAAGGCUAGGGGUCCCUUUUCUCAAUGCUGCACCGCUCUCCGUCAGCAUUUCUUACAGAACAGGUGAUGAUGGAUGAUCAACGACGUCUGUCUGGCUUAUUAAUUAUUGUGAGAAAUCUUGUAAAUCUCUUCCUCUGUAUGCACGUAGCUCUUUUAUUAGGCAUACAUUUUGUAUAGUUCACGUGAAUUUUCUAUAUCCAAUGCCUGUUCUAUAUCAAUUUGGCAAAUGAUUUUGGCCUUUUGGGCUGAACAAAAAUUCUUAUGAUCAAGUGAUUGUAUCACCCCGAAGUUAUUGAAAGAGAAGGCGGUUGUGCUUUUGAUUUUA